AUGAAAAAACAGCAGGUAUCAAUUUCGGAUGGUUUCGCUAGUUUUAUCAAAGAUGUUGAUUUGGAAACAUCACAUUUAUCUCAAGUGAAUGAUUUAAUAUUAACAUUAACUGAAAGAAAAUGUCAUCAACAAAUAAUUCGUUCAUUAGAAAAAAAACAAGAAGAUAUUUUACAAGAUCUUCUAAAAUCUUUUGUUCUAUUAAUUUUUUUUUAUUAUUUAAAUCUUAGUUUAAAAAAUGAAACAACAAAAACAAUUGAAAAUCUUGAUCAAAAAGUUCAAGAACAAGAAAAAUUACGUCAAAAUGCUUGUACAAUGUUAUCAAUAAUUCAACGUACGAAAGUUCAACUUAUUGAAUUACGUCCAACAAUAAAUGAUGAAACUGAUCAAAAACUUAAAGUUUGUUUUUUUGUUUUUUGA